CGUGGGAGCCCAUCUAUCCAUCGAACCGUCGGUCCAUCAAUCCCAUUCAUAUCGUCUCAACAAGAAGAAGAAGAAGAGAAAAAACUAGUGGAUGGUAAUAAUCCAUCCAACUCCCUCUUUAUCUCUUCUCUUCCGCAAAUCCAAUCCAACCUGCAUCUUCAUUCUUCCACCCACCCAUCUCCCUAACCCAACAACUCCUCAGAUUUAGCAGCCUCCACCCAACAAAAUGGCGGCCGGCAGCCGGGGAUUCCUCAAACUCUCUUUUCUCAUUUGCCUCAUCUCCAUCGCCAACACCUUUGGCGCCGCCGCCGCCGCCGGGCAGUGGGAUAUCUUGGCGGAGAAGAGUGGUGGCGCCGGCGGUAAUACUGGAGGAGUGGUGGCCGAGUUCCCGCCAAGCUGCAACCGGAUAGAGUGUCCCGGCUACAGCGUCGUGGAAAGUGGGAACGGAUACGAGAUUCGUCGCUAUAACUCGUCGGUUUGGAUUACCACUCUUCCGAUUCAGGAUAUCUCCCUCGUCGACGCCACCAGAACCGGCUUCUUCUUGCUGUUCGAUUACAUCCAAGGCAAGAACGGGUACGGCCAGACCAUCGAAAUGACAGCCCCAGUGGUGACCGACGUCCUCCCCAGCGACGGCCCCUUCUGCGAGUCAUCCUUCACCGUCAGCUUCUACGUCCCGGCUAAGAACCAGGCCGACCCACCGCCGGCGGAGGGGCUCCACGUGCAGCGGUGGGCCACGACGUACGUGGCGGUGAGGCAGUUCAGCGGGUUCGUGGCCGACUACGAUGUGGGCGUGGAGGCCGCCACGUUGCAGGCCAGCCUGGCCGACACCAAAUGGGCCGACCCCGUCGCCAAAGGUGGAGAUGGCCCUGCUGCCGGGAAGAUCCAGUACAGCGUGGCCCAGUACAACUCGCCGUUCGAGUUCUCCGGUCGGGUGAAUGAGAUAUGGUUCUCGUUUCAGAUGUAAUUAAUCUGGCCGGUAAUUAAAUGCCUGAUUAUAAGACAUUAGCAAAUAAUGGAAAUUCGGACCCACGUACGCGGCCGGCGCUUUCAACAUGGAUCGGCUCCACUCCAUGCAUUGUUGACGACAUUACUAGCUAGCUACUACUACAAUAUAAUGAAUGUGUGCAUGUAGCUUGCCUCCGUUCCGUUGUUGGUAGGUAGCUAAAAGAAGAAAAUAUAAUGGUUGUUUAUGCAAUUUUUAUCAGGAUGUUAUGACUCUUAUAUAUAGCGAUGAAGUUGUGUUGAUGUCGUGCGUUAUUUGCUUGUUCGUCUUUGUCACUGAACUU